GGGGGAAAUAUGGAUGUGAAGGAAAUUAGUUAUUAGUAAUGGUUUGGGUGCUACUGAAUAGGCUACAUAGGCUAUGUGUGUAGAUGAACAGGGGUGGGGUGGUUUGACAAAAUUGCAGUAAUAUCCCCCCAGCUCCUCUGCCUGUGUCUGGGGCGUGUACUACUGCCGUUAUAAAACAAAACUCCCAGCCCUGCAACUCCUGCAGCUCCAGCGAGGCAGUCUGGAUUUGCAGUCAGGGCACUCAUCAUCAUCAUCAUCAUCAUCAUCAGUCAGCACAGAGCAGCUCUCUCUCUCUCUCCCUCCCUCCCUUCCUUCCUUAGACACCCCCACAUUCACUUUCUCUGUCCGUCUCUCCAAACAGGCACAUCUCUUUUCUUUUCUCUUCUUGACACACGGCAAUCAUGUCCGCAAACGGCGCUGACGGGGACCUGCUGCAGAUCCCUCUGGGGCUCAUCAACAGCGAGGGCAAGUAUCUGACGGCGGAGACUUUCGGCUUCAAAAUCAACGCUUCGGCCAGCAGCCUGAAGAAGAAGCAGACCUGGACCCUGGAGCAGACCGGGGAGGACGGCAGCGUCGUGUUCCUUCUCUCCCACCUGGGCCGCUACCUCGCCACGGACAAAGACGGCAACGUUACCGCGGACAGCGAGACGCGUGGUCGGGACUGCCGCUUCGUCGUCACCGCGCACGAGGACGGGCGGUGGUCUCUGCAGUCCGAGCCCCAUGGCCGGUACCUCGGCGGCAGCCAGGACCGGAUCACCUGCUUUGCGCAGACUGCCUCACCGGCAGAGAAAUGGAGCGUGCACCUGGCUGUGCACCCGCAGGUCAACCUGUACAGCUUUGCGCGCAAACGCUUCGCCCACCUGAGUGUGCAAGGGGAGCGGCAGGAGGUGUCAAUAAACCGGGAUGUCCCCUGGGGGGUCGACUCGCUUGUGACACUGGUCUACCGUGACCAGCGCUACCACCUCGAGACCUCUGACAACCGCUUCCUCCGCAAUGACGGCAGCCUGUCCACAAAAACGGACAAGGAUACCGGCUACAUGCUGGAGUUCCGCUCCGGAAAAGUGGCAUUCCGCGACUGCAACGGCCGCUACCUGGCACCCGUGGGCCCCACCGGCACAAUGAAGUCUGGGAAAAGCACCCGGGUUGGGAAGGAUGAAUUGUUUGGCCUGGAGCGCAGCCACGCGCAGGUCGUACUGACUGCAGGCAACGAGAGAAACGUCUCCACGAGGCAAGGCAUGGACCUGUCAGCCAAUCAGGACGAGGAAGGGGACCAGGAAGUCUUCCAGUUGGAGAUGAGCCGUGAGGACAGGAAGUGUGCCUUCAGAACUGCUGCUGGAAAAUACUGGACUCUGACAGCAAGUGGAGGACUGCAGUGUACUGCCUCCACCAAGUCGGCCAACAGUUUCUUUGAACUGGAGUGGCGUGACGGUCGUGUGUGUGUGCGUGCAGCUAAUAGCAAAUAUGUGAUCGCUAAGAAGAACGGGCAGCUAGCUGCUACUGUUGACAACGCAGGUGAAGCUGAACAGUUCCUGAUGAAGCUGAUCAACCGUCCAAUCAUCGUCCUUCGUGGGGAGUAUGGUUUCAUCGGGGCUCGUAAAGCCGGAAUGGCGACCCUGGACUCCAACCGAGCAUCAUAUGAUGUUUUCCAGCUGGAGUUCCACAAUGGAGCUUACUCCCUCAAAGACUCCCAGGGGAAGUAUUGGUGUGUUGGAGACGACACAGCGGUGGUGUGCAGCAGCUCCACACCUGUCCAGUUCCUGUUGGAGUUCUGUGACCUCAACAAGAUGGCUAUUUGUGCUCUGGGGGGGAAGUACCUUAAAGGAGACCAUGCCGGAGGGCUAAAGGCCAGCGCCGACUCCCUGGAUGGGGCCACCCUCUGGGAAUACUGAGAAAGCAGAGCCGGACUUCUCCACUGUCUGACACAAUGCUUCAAACCAUUGAUAGAUACUGUAGGUAGCUGUUUUUUUUGCAUAUGUGUGCGUGCCUGUGGGUGUGUGUGCGUGUAAUUGUGAAUUUGUCUGGAUGGAUGUGUGGUGGAAAUUGAAGCUGAUCAACUGGAAGUCAUGACACCAAAGCACUACAGGUGUUUUAUUUUGUAUUAUUUUUCUUUCUCAAUCAUUAUCUCUUCUUACUGGGCUUUUUACCGCAGAUUUGGAUUUAUGAUGACUUGUUGUUUCAUGAAUGAAUCAUAGUAUGGUUGCACAUAAUUAGUUUCACUUCCAGUCACAUUUACACAAGCUGUACCUGAUAAAUAUCAGGACGAUUACUGUUAUUGGUUGUGCCUAUCUGUGGUAACUACUGGUGUAAACGAACAUGUAGAAUGCUAUAAAUCACAACUUCCAAUAUCUAACCUUCUCCUGCUAAAUGUCCUGCUGGCUCUAUUACACUGCUUUCAUUUCCUGUUCUCUUUCAAACUAUGAAGCAUAACACAUCAUAUAAAGGGAUGUUACUGAUUUACAUAUUUCUGCUGUAAAUAAGGCUUGCUUUGUCUCUGAAUGCUUCAAAAACAUAAUAACUAUAGGAAAGUACAAAAGUGUGUUGAGGCUAUAAAGAAAAAAAUGGGAUGUGGGUGGCACUUCUUCGCUUGUAUGCUACUUACUGAACCUUUCUGACUCUUAGAUGUGCAGCCAGACAAAAUCUGUAUAUAGACAGAUGCAUAGAAAGUAGUAGGUUUCCCUUCAAGACUAUAAUCCACUCAGUUCUUUCUGGUUCCUCACGUUAGUGUAAGGCUUUCAAUUAUACUUCAGGAGGAAACAAAUGAAAGGAGAGGACAAGUGAAAGAAGCUUUGAAAUGUACUCAUCGACUGAAGGAGUCUUCUUAGAAUGAUCAUUCUUUCUGUUUAAAGGAGUGAAAGGGAGGUGGUGGGUAAGACUAGUGCUGCACACUCAAAUGCACAUAAAUACUUACAAAUAUGCAGUCAUAGAUACAUUAAUUACUGUGACUAAAUCUGCACAAUAAUGUAGUGUCUAACUGCAAGAAGUUAAAAGCACAUGUUUGGUGUGAUGAAAUGUCUGCCUUAGAUUGGGUGCUGCUGCUGGUCUGUAAACACAGUGAUGAAGUCAGUCUUCUCUGGCUGUUAUUGUGGCUGUGCCUUCCAUAGAGCAUUUCAGUCUUUUCUUUUUCAUGUUCUUACAUUUGAACUGAACAGAGUAAAAAACCCAAUAAAGUUUUCCCUCUAAACAGUG